CCUUUUCCACUCAAAUUAUUUCUCCUUUCUCUCUUUUAUUUCCACCCGAUAUACAAGCCGCACGCUUCUCUAAUCUCUCCCAUGGCCUCUCCACACCAAGUCUCAACUUUGGACCGCAUUACGCACCACCUCCUUACUGACGCUGACUGCGCUUCCAUGGAUAAUUUCAUCUGCAGUCUUGAUACUUUCUGCAGCUACACCUCCACUUAUCACUCUUCUAAAACUGAAACCCAAGAAUUUGAUUGCCUUGAUCUGCCACACCAACCUCACAAGUCUGAGUCCAAGCCUCAUAAAUCUUCCAGUUUGAGCCAGCGGAAACCAACCAUGAGUCAAAUUUCGAUACCCCCUCCAGCAACCGUGAACGCUGUCCCUCAUCAGCAGCCAGUAGCAACUGAGAAUAACAGGUCGGAUUCUAGUGGAGGAAAGCAUUACAGAGGUGUUCGCUGCAGGCCGUGGGGAAAAUAUGCAGCGGAGAUUCGCGAUCCUAAUAAGAAAGGUGCUCGUGUAUGGCUGGGGACAUUUGAUACCGCUAUAGAAGCUGCUAAAGCUUAUGAUACUGCUGCCUUUAGAUUGCGUGGAAGUAAGGCGAUCCUCAAUUUUCCUCUUGAAAUUGGCAAUUCAGUUAAUUCUCAACAAGAAUCUGAAUCUGAAUCGACGGUGACAGAUAAUAAGUAUGAUCAUAGUAAGAAUGAUAAUAACAACAACAAUGAGAAGAAAAGGAAGAUUGAGGAGACAAAGGCCUUGGAGAGCAGCAAUAAUAUGAAUAAUAAUAAGAUAAUAAAGACGGAAAAGCCUUCGCCGGAGACGACGGAUCCCUUAACGCCGUCGAGUUGGAAGGGGUUUUGGGAUGAGGAAAAGAUGGGGAUAUUUAAUGUACCGCCGUUAUCGCCGUUAUCUCCACACCCUUCGAUGGGAAUGGGGUAUUCUAGAGUGAUGGUUGCGUGAGAAGAAGGGGGCAUUGACGAAUUGUUUGGACCUUCUUUGGAUUGGGAAAUGAUCAAUCAGAAGGCCAAAAAUUAAAAUAAAAGAAAAAAAGAAGCGGAAAUUAGGAAAUUUAGGGGGAAGGGGGUGGCAAUCAGGUGUAUGCGUGUGUAUAAGUAGGACUUUUAUGAUUGAGAGAUUGUAUUCGUUCUUUCAUUUAAUUCAUAUAUUGAAAUGGAGUUUUGCUGGGAAGUAA